GCUUGUGCACAGUGCCGGUCGUAGCCUUGCGCGCUCCGUCUUGAGCAUGGAGGUCUCAGCCAUGGAGGAAGCCCUCCCCAAGGCGAACAAGAAGGGAGGCCUCAGAACCAUACCGUUCAUCAUUUCGAACGAGAUCUUCGAGAAGGUGGCGACCUUCGGCCUGCACGCCAACAUGAUCCUGUACCUCACCGAACGGUACCGCAUGUCGAGCGCACUCGCCACCGUCGUGCUCUACUUCUGGAACGCCCUCUCCAACUUCCUGCCCAUCUUCGGCGCCGUGCUCGCCGACGCGUACCUCGGCCGGUUCCGGGUCAUCGCCCUCGGCUCUUUCGUCAGCCUCUUCGGGAUGUGCCUGCUGUGCCUGACGGCGAUCCUGCCGGUGUUCAAGAAGACCCCGGAGUGCGCCGCGCGGCCGGGGGAGUGCGCGCUGGUGCCGUGGCAGCUUCCGCUGCUGUUCACGUCGUUCGUGCUCAUGUCCGUCGGGUCGGGAGGCAUCCGGCCGUGCGCUCUGGCGUUCGGCGCGGACCAGCUGGACAAGCGGGACAACAGCGCCAAGAACGUGAGAACGCUGCAGACCUUCUUCAACUGGUACUACACCGUGCUGGGCCUCUCCAUCGUGUUCGCGGCCACCGUCAUCGUGUACAUCCAGCAGGCCAAGGGCUGGGUCGUCGGCUUCGCCGUGCCCGUCGUGCUCAUGGUCACCGCGCUCACGCUGCUCCUCAUCGGCUCGCCCUUCUACCUCAAGGCGGAGGCCGACAGGAGCGUGCUCGUCGGGCUCGUGCAGGUGCUCGUCGCUAGCUACAAGAACCGCCACGAGCCCUUGCCGCUGGAGACGGCCGAUUCCUCGAGCUUCUAUAACAAAGCAGGCUCGAAUCCCAGGACUCCCACGAACAAGCUAAGGUACUUGAACCGGGCAUGCGUGCUUAGGAACCCGGGCAAGGAGCUCAGCCCCGACGGGACGGCGUGCCACCCGUGGAGGCUGUGCACGGUGCAGCAGGUGGAGGACGCGAAGGCCACCAUCCGCGUGCUUCCGAUAUGGUCGACGGGCAUCAUGCCCGGCGUGAUCAUCGGGCAGCAGAUGUUCCCGGUGCUGCAGGCGAAGACGAUGGAGCGGCAGAUGGGCAAGCUGGAGAUCCCUGCUGCCUCCUUCGGCGUAUUCAGCAUCCUCACGCUCACCGUGUGGGUGGUCGUGUACGACCGCGCUCUGGUGCGGCCCCUGUCGCGUCUCACCGGUCACCCGCUCGGGCUCAGCCUGCGGCAGCGCAUGGGCGCCGGACUGGCGCUCUUCGCCGUGGCCAUGGCCGUGGCCGCGCACACCGAGAGCGUCCGCCGCGCCGCCGCUAUCGCCGAGGGGCUCCGGGACUUCGGCCCGCACUCGGGGCGCACGGUUCACAUGUCAGCCAUGCGGCUGGUGCCGCAGCACUGCCUGAGCGGCCUCGCCGAGGGACUGAACCUCAUCGGGCAGAUCGAGUUCUACUACUCCGAGUUUCCCAAGACCAUGUCCAGCAUCGGUGUGUCGCUGCUGGCGCUCGGCCUUGGGUUCGGCGGCGUGCUGGGCAGCGCCAUCGUCGGGAUCAUCGGCGCGGCGACCGGAAGGGACGGGCGCGACGGCUGGCUGGUGAGCAACCUGAACAAGGGGCACUAUGACUACUACUACCUGGUCCUCGCGGUGCUGUGCGCGGCCAACGUGGUGUACUUCGUGGUGUGCGGCUGGGCGUACGGCGAGGAGGGGCAGAAUCGGGUGGUGGCGGCCGAUGCAGUGGAGGACGCCAAGGAAGAGCAGCAGCACAAGGCGGCAAUUCGUUAGAUUGAGCCAUUUUAAGCCUUGGUGGCUGCGUGAGCACUGUGGGCACUUCUCUCCCUCUCUGGUUUGAAUUGUGUGUGUAUGUGAACUUAAAUGUUGAUAUUUUCUUACUGAAAGAUAAUCCUUUCAUCAAAAAAUAAAUUUAUGGGACCUAGUGUUCUAUAGAUUGUUGUGAA